UCGCAAGGACACGCUAAGGAGGUUCGACAUCCCCCCUCUCCUCCUUACCCCGACACCAGGGCGAGUGGCACGAUAUACUAACACGAUUCUGCAGGCACAUGGAUGAUGGGUGUUCAAAGAGAUUCGAUCUCGGUACACUGGAUCUCCAGGGCGAUAACUACGACGGCCUCAGCCAAGGCGUACGACCGAUGGGAAGUGGUCCCAUGAGCCAAGUGGUUCAGCCACCGGGUGGCCUUCCACCAAUGGCACCCCUCCCUCUGAGCAGCAGCGGCAUGCUCUCAUCGACACCUCGGCCAAUGCGGAGCAGAGACAGGGUGGCAGGUGUGGAAACGAGGCAGAGCCACUUGUGGGGACGUUGUUGACAAGUGGCCAGAGAUGAGAGCUUCUCAGACAAAUGGCACACGAGUAUGCAUUCUCCUUUUCCUUCUCCCGUGGCCUGUUCUAGGUCUGAUUACAGUUUGGUUGCAUACGUGGAUUCAGCGUAAGGAAUGGGGCUAUUAUGGCCGGGUUGUAGAGCUAUUGGGCUGGCGUAUAUGGGAAAUGUCCUGCCAGCAAAGUAUAGGAAAGAUACUCGUUGCUGCGGCAUGUCAAAGGCCAAUGGCAUGUGACAAGACGGAAAGGAGAUACGAUUGCUCGAUGUUUAGAAGGAGUUCACUGAUUUGCAACACUUUAAGCGGCUGCAUAACGCCGACCAAGAAGAAUAUAUAAACCCACCUCUUGAGAUCAGAC